AUGAGCCAAAGCAGAUGGAGCCAGGUGCCAUGUCAGAUCCAGGCGAAGGUCAGGGAUGAAGAGGGUAAUGGAAAAGAGGAAAGUAGAUUCAUGAUCGCCCGAUUCUUGCAGCUGACCUUCAUUGCCGCCGGCGACGACCUUGCUCGCAAGCACCGUAUAUAUACCCGUCCAUGGCACGAGGAGAAGAAGCUGCUACCCAUAUCUGGAAUCAGCCUCCUCCCAAUUAGUUGUACCCCCAUUGACCCUUUGCUAUUAGGUUUUAACAAGAGGGGAGACAUGGAUGGUGGAAAGGACAAAGGGCUCCAUGGACAUGGCGGGUACCCCGGCGGCUACCCUGCUCCACCGGGAUACCCCGGUUACCCCGUUCCGGUAAGCACGUAUCCGCCGGCGCCAGGAUAUGCCGCUCCACCUGGGCAGUAUGCGCCACCUCCCGGCGCGUACCCUCAGCCCGGAGGUUAUCAGCCACCGCACGCUGCGUAUCCUCCGAGCGGGUACCCUGCGAUCGCUGGGUAUCCACAAUAUCCUACUACGCAUCCUCCAGCUGGUUAUCCCGCUCACGGGCCGCCAAUGGCGGUUCCUCCUUAUGGUCACGCUCCUAUGUACGGAGGAGGCGGCCAUGGCGUAGCAGGCGGGGUGAUUGCCGGCGGCGCGGCCGCGGCAGGCGCAGCAUAUGGAGCUCACAAGGUGUCACAUGGCGGCGCCUACGGGAUGUACGGCCACGGCCACGGGCACCACCACGGGAAGUUCAAGCAUGGUAAGUUCAAGCAUGGCAAGUUCGGCAAGCACAAGAAGAUGUUCGGGCGCAAGUGGAAGUGAAGAGGGGCAGAAGAUACGACUACUCGGACGCCGUACGCACGUACUCCAUCUGUAAAGAAGUAGUGAUCUAAAUUCUUUACGGAGGGAGUACUAUGUAGACAACAUGUAGACCCGUAUAAUUCGCCGUCUUGCUCUCUCUCAUCUCACCAAUGACUCCUCGUCUGUUCCGCUCAGAAACAAAAGAAAUGUGAUCACCUGUGUUA